GCUGACGAAAAAAGACGACGGAAUACUGCUGCUAGCGCGCGAUUCCGAACCAAGAAGAAACAACGUACAUUGAAUCUUGAACGGAAUAUCCAAGAUUUGACUGGACGAGCAGAAGAUUUGGAGAAAGAAGCUGGGGAGCUUCGUAAGGAGAAUGAAUGGUUGAGAGAAAUGGUCGUU